CACCAUCCGCCCUCCUCCUCCUCCUCUUCCUCCUCUUUCUCGGCGCUGCAGCGCAAAAGGGAGCGAAAAUGGCGAGCGUGGCUCGCAGCGAGGAGCAAUAUUACGAAAAGAUAACAUCGAUUCAGCAAAGCAUGCGCAAAAGGGAGAAACGGAGGCUGGAGCUUGAGAGGGAACUGUUUGUUUACUCCAGAUCUGAUAAAAGAAUCUCACAGAUAAAGUGUUCCAAACUGCUCAGUUAUCUCAAGGAAAUCUCUGACAGGGAAGCACGAGCGAAAAUGAGAAACCUUGAGCUUCUGAGAGAUGUGGAGUGCAUAGAAAUUAGCAUGAAGGAAUAUAGCCCUGACCAUGGCCCCCUGCAACAACAAAAGGCUGACUUUUUCAAAAAGAUUUCCAAAUUUAUGGAAGAAAGGAAGAAAAUGGAGAAAGAGCUUGAGGCAGCAAAGAUUAAAGCUAUGCAUAGAGAGCACCAGGAAAGCUCCAUCUCUCAUCCAGCUAAGAAUUUUACACAAUCACCAGCAGUAAUUUCUAUGGACCACCAGACCUCCAGAGAGUCUGACGCUGAAGCCGGCACCACAAGUGUACACUCACACCGAGCAUUGCAUCGUUCGCCCAAUCGCAGCAUGCACUCCCGUGAACGUCUACCAAGUGGCCUUUUGAAGGACUUCAGAGUUGGCGGAGAGGAUGCUGCCAGCAACCGAGCACAUUUAUCAGAUGACAUUUCAGGCUCAAACGAUUCCCCUGACUGCUGUAAUUUGAGUGACAAACAUGAAAGAAUGAUGGCGGUGCUCCCAUCUGUUUGUGCCUUAGCUGGCAAUGUGCCUUUUGGAAGUGAUGAUGAACUAGAACCUUCACCUCUUGUGACCUUGACAGGCCCUGAGAAGAAUCCGUCUCCCAGCAUGAGGGCUAAGAAUUCCCCUGCAGAACAUACUAACUCCCAAGAGAUGGCUCAUCAGUCGCCCAUAAUGGAAGCUGGACAGAGAGGUCUCAGCCAUUUGAUGCCUGAAAGCACUUUUGGAAAAGAAGCUCAAGAUACACCAGGUAGAUGUGAAAGUGUCAGCACACCCAGUUCUGAUGUGCAGUUGUCAGAGAGCAGUGCUAGUGACCUGUCCAUUUCUCUGACACAAUCUGAGCUGGAGGAGGAUCUACCAGAGGUAGUGGAACCUGAGAGGAAUGCCACUUCUCGUGGGAGUGAUGAUCACAAUCAGCACAGUCCAGAAUUAUCCCUCCACUCUGAUGGAUCCAAGAACACAUCUUCAGUGACCUUAGAAAGUCUCUCUCAGGAAGGACUCUUUAAUCUGCUAGACAGCAUCGAAGGACGGCUCCAUGGUGAUCGGACUAGUGUGUAUGGGGAUUCUUCAGUUGAUGGGAGGCAACUCAGUAGACUUAUCAGCCUUUGUAACAGUGGAGCAGGCUUGAAUGACGAGGACCUUGAAGCAUGCGGAGCAGUCGUCCUUCAUGAGCUUCAGAGGUUGUCAUGGAGCACAGCAAAGGGCUGCCUGCUCCCUCAGGAUCUAGUGAGUUCUCACCAGUCCAGCCCUGAGCCUAAUGAAAUAAGCACCAGCCUCUCUCCUGAUGCCGCUCGGCUGUGGGAUCGCUGGUUCAAGCACGCCCUUCUGCUCAAGGAGCGCCGUGUCCUCAACACUGAGCGCUUGGUCCAGCUGUUCACGCCGCUGCUGCUCGAGCGCCAUGCCACCUACAGCCACCAGGCCAAAGUGCUGCUGAGGACACUUCUGUCCCGGUCCAGUGAGGAGUGCCCCUCAGCAGAGGACAAGAGUGACUUGUCGUCUUCAUGUGGUCCUCCCUCUCUCCUAGCUGACGGUGGUGUGAAGCCCGCCAGGCCAGUACAACAGCAACAGUUUCAAGAACUACAAAGUACUGAAGAGGACAGCCAGGACGAAAGCCCUGUGGAAAGUGUUCCUAUUAGAGAGACAAAAGCAUAUCAGUUACUUAAACAAUCAGCCAUGCAGGAAAGGCUGCAGAGUUCUGGAGAGGAGGAGGAGGUGGAGGAGGAUGGCCUCUCAGGAAUAAAUCAUGGCCAUGAAGAGGACCUGGGGAGGGCCAAACACUCCUCACAUCAAGACCCUUACCCCCGGAAGGAGAAGGCAAACUCAAAGGCUCAUUCUGCUGUACAGUCAAAAGCUUUCUGGGGGGAAUCAGAUGACAGCAACUCAGAGAUUGAAGCAGCCUUGCGUCCUCAACCUUUCAACACAAACAACAACGACACCGAUGACUUCUAUGACUGAUAUUUCCCUGGAGAUACUUUUUAAAUGCACUACAUUAUAUCGCUGUGAAAUCUCAGGCAGCUCAGCUCAGUGUAAUUCACCUCCUGACCAUUAUUUUAGUGGUCUGCAUUGUAAAUCGUAUGCACACUGUAUCGUAAAAACAAAUAAUAAAGUUGACAGCUCUCACGCUGGGUAAAGUAUGUGAAGAGUUGUCCAACACUCUGAUGUUAA